AUGCCGACCCGUCCCCCGGCAUCAUGCCGGCCAACCCCUUCCCGACGAGCUGUCCAUGUGUCCAGCUUUGGCGCCUGGAUCACCGAAGCGAUGCUUGUGCAAGCCAUUGAUCAAUACCUUCGAUGUAGCAGUGGAGGAGCAUGUCGCCGCAUCAACUCGCAUGCAGGACCGCUUGAAAGCCGGCGCCGGGCGGCAAAGCGGCGCAUGACGGGGCUGAUGCCGACCUCUCAGCCGUUCCCGACCCUCUGGCAAUACGACGUUGGUCCCAGGACUCCGAAAUGGGAAGCUCCCACUAGUCCAGAGCGUAGGCGGCAGAAAAGGGAGCUGUCCAGGCCGGGCUUUGUCAACAAAAUUGUCGGCUGGCUAGAUAGCUCGGGUCCCGCCCGCGAGUCUACCAUUGAGCCUCUAGCGCUCCCGUUGCAAUCCGACUCGACGCAGACCAAAGCUCCCGCCUGGGAUUCAACUCUCGGGUCCGUAACCCUUCAACAGCCAACAGUCCAGAAAGUCGCGGCGAGUCCAGACUUUCCAGAGGAAAUACUUUCAUUACGCACCGGCAUUCUGAAUCUGGAGCUAGCGGACUACGAUGAUCUCUUCACACUAGGCAAGAACUGCAUGGCCUCUCUUCGAAAAAGCAUCGUACUAGGGGCCUUGUCCGUCGAGGGCUUAAAAAUCGCUCUAGACCCUUUGGACGAACCUUCCAAAGACCGCUUUCCGAACGUCGACGUGGCCAACAAAAUGUGCGCCAUGAUUCGCCGUGGAAUCCUACAUGCCAUGUCUGACGCCUGGCGGAAUGAUCCGGCCGCUGUACCUGGCACCCUAUGGCUUGCUUUCACGGAAUCCAUCCUCAGCGACAAGAGUCACUGGCAAGAUGCUCAGCUGUUUUGGAGGUUGAUGGACGUCUUGCCCGCAGCACUCAAGGACGCGGUGUCCUUUCAACAUGUGCAAAAAAUAUCAUGCGCCUUCGUCUUUGCGCAAGCCAACCGGCACAACGUGUUUGCCCACUGGGGGGCUCGAGCAGCCAGGUUCAGCCAGGCUCUUCAAAACCUAGAUCAGGAAAUGCGCAAUGAACUUGACGGCCGGAUGGAAAAGUUUGUCGAAAAACAGAGCCGCCCUUCGAAAAUCGCCGACCGGGUGCGCUUCUCAUGGCUCACCGUCAAGGCAUACGGCAGUGCGGAUCUGACGACCCGGGACUUUGUGGCGACGUAUUACAGAUGCACCGGGCCAGAGUAUCGGUUGGGCAGCAUGCAGCGAUGGCAAGUCCUCGUCGCCAGAUUAGCUGCGAUCGGGGCUCUGGACCCGAAGAUAUGCGAGGGGCUUCUCUCGAGAGACUGCACCUCGGUGCGUGAACGAUGGUCGCAGCUUUUGGAGACAAUCAUGCAAUCCGAUGCUCGCGAUGCCGGAUUUCGAGAGCUCUGCGCCUUCUUGACCGGGAUCGGGGAGUUUGCCGCUUCCGUGCGGCCCUUGACAUUCCCACCGGCUGCCUCGGACGCGUUGGCGGCCGUCGUGUCAGCGUUGGACGACCACAAGCAAGCUCUCGAGCUGUUUUACUGGGCCGACCGAAAACCUAGGCGGAACCCAUGGAUGCCUGUGCUGCCUUGGUCGGUGUGGCCCAAACACGUCGAGAAGAUCAUCAAGGACCCAGCGCUGGAUCCCGCAAUCAUCUGGCAAGUCCUCAAGCUGACAUACGUACGGCCAGGCUUGAAGGACGACGAGGAGGCGUUUGAAGAGGAGACGCGGGCAAAGUCUCGGCUGCUGGACCAGAUGGGUCUAUGGUUCGUAGAGGCAGACCAUCUCAGCGAUCGCCAAGUCUUGCGGAGCAUCCAGCGGUGCAUCAACCAGCAGCGCGCAUUGACAAAGGCCGUCUCGCCAAAGAGCCUCGCCCACGUCCUGCAAGUUCUUUGCCGAGACUUGGAAAAGGGCCAGCACGGGCGUCCCGCUCGUGUGAUGUGGCUGCUCGGAAUGGUUGCUCAGAAUCAGGGUCAGCAGCAGGCCGAGCAAACUGCGCUUGCAAUUGAGGGCUGGCAGGACGCGAUGGACAAGUCUUGUCUUCGGACGCAUUGA